AUGAUGAAAAAUUAUAAGCAUUUUAUCAUUUUUAUUUCUGGGUUGAAAAAUGGAAACAUUAAUCUUUAAAAGUUAAAGAUUAAUUUGGAAAGGAACACUCAAUCAAAUUAAGUAAAUAUAUUCAAAGUGAAAUUUAACUUUAAGAAAAAUUUUUAGGAUUAAAUGGGAGACCAGACAUUUUGGUGGAAGUAAAGUACAGUAAUUGAAAAUAAUAUUGAAAAUAAUUUUAAAAAUAAUAUUGAAAGCGUUUUGAUAGAUAUAAAAACAGGAAGUUUCAGACAUUCUGAUGAGCUAUAAAUAAAAUCUUAUCUAUCUUUGAUAAACUAUUAGGAGAUAGUUAAAUAAAAUGGAAUGAUGUAUUAAAAGCAAGUUAUAUAAUAUGGAAUGAUAAUCUACCUUAAAGAUGAUAAGGUAAAUCAAGAAAAUAUCAAAUUAUUUACAUAUUCUGAAUCAAUGAUACAAGAAUAAUUAGAUAAAAGGAACAAAUAUUUAUUGAGCAAUCAUAAAUCGUAAAGUUAGGAUAUAGAGGACUUCUUUAAUAAUCUUCCUGAUCCAAAUUUGGAAUAGCUGGAAUCUGGUUGCUCAUUAUGUCAUCAUUAAUUUCUUUGUUCUUAUAAAAAUUUAAAUAGUCAGAAGUCUAACCAAUCCUUAAUUGAAUUAUAAUAAAGUAUUGUUUUUUAAGUAUUUUAGGAAAAAAUAUUAAAAAAUAUGAUUUAACAAAAAUGAGUGAAAAAAGUAAAUAAUAUCUAAAUAUUAUGUUAAAAGAUUUGACAAAAGAGGAAUUUGAACAUUUGUAUCUUAAGCAAUUUGAAUUGACUGUUGAAAUCUAAAAAGAAGGGGAUGAAUAUAAACUUGAAUUACUGAAACUAUUCGAUGAAAAAAUGUUAAAAAUAUUUGAGUAAUUUAUUAAAAGUAAUAAAAUACUCACAAUAGCUCUUUAUACAGAAACUUACUAAUUUACAAUAACAAAAGGGUUAUAAUAUAAGUAAGUUGACAAUUUAAAUAAAAUCUUUAUUAUCGGAAAAUUUUAAACUGAUGAUUUCGAUAAGGCUAGAUAUCCUUUCUUAAUCCAAUAUUAUAAUCCAUUUUAUAGUUAUAAAUAAAUAAUAGUAGAUUUAGUUGGAGUUUUUAUAUAAUAAACCAAUACUGAUUCCAAUGUUUUUAAAAACAAACUUUAACUUAAUAAAUUACUCAUUUAAGAAGAAAAACCAUAAAUUGAAUAGCAAAUCAAUAAUAUAGAAUAAAAUUCCUCAAAAGAAGUUUAAUUAUGUCUGAAUGCUAAAGACUAUGUUUUAGUUCAAAGUGGAGAAUAAAAUAAAGAACGAAUGUUGUUUGAAUUAUUAAAAGUAUUAGAAAAUUAGAAAAAACAUGUGUUAAUUUGUGUAGAAAAGCCUAAAACUUUAGUUAAACUCUGUAAACAUUGUCCAAAUAAAAAUAUCUUAGCAAUACCAUAAAAAAACAGUGAUGAAUUGAAGGAAAUAAAUGAAUAUCUAAUCGACUAUAAAUGCUAAGAUUAAUAAUAAAUAAAUGAUAUUUGGAAUUAAAAAUAUUUUUAUUUUAGUAUUUGUGAUGAUUACUCUUAAAAUAAAUUUAGAUUUCAAGAAUUUGAUUACUGUAUCUUAUACGAGGCAUCUAAAAUACUAGAGCCAUUAUGCAUUAUAUGUAUUUGGACAAGUAAAAAGUUUAUACUUUUUGGAAAAUCAAAUGAAAAACCAGAAGUAAAGUCUAAUAGUGUAAGCUAAUUAAAAAUAAGCCUUUUUGAAAGAUUAUCUAAAAUAGCCUAAGAAACAGGUGUAUUUAUUGAUAUUGAUGAAGAUCAUUAGUAAAUGAAUAUUUGA